UUUUUAAGCAUAACUAUACUUAGUAUAUUCUGCUUAUACUAAAAUAUUAUCGGUCCUGUAGCUGAAAUCCAAAUUUAACCCGGCGUCCUCUAUUUUUAUUUGCUAAAUCUGGCAACCCUAGCUUCGGGGGUACCCGUCAAAAUCAAAGCUGGCUCCUGCUUGUUAUGCCCUAUAUCUUUGUUGGUUUUAUUUUUAUCUUUACGAGCCAUCAUUAAAGUCAGGUUCAGACCUCAGGCCUGCGCCUCCUUUUUCAGGAGGCGAGGGGCUGUGGAAGGGUGAGUCUCUUGCCCCCAGUUAACAUGUCUGCCUAGGAGCAGUCACGUGGGCCUUCCGCCCCGCACAGACUUGGCCCCGCCCCGCCGCAGGAUUGGCUCCUGCCCAAAGCCCAGCCUCCUUCGGCGAUGGGAGCCCCUUCCAUUGGGCAGUUAUAGAAGAUGGCGGAGUCCCGCCCCCGCCUUCCUCAGGCGAAGCACAGGCUGCGGUGAUUGGCGGAGAGCAGCGGCCGCGCCGUCACGUGGCCCGGGGCGCGUCUGUUUGCGGAAGUAGAGGGAAGUGGAAGUGCUGAGUAAGCCGAGGUCCCUCCAGGCCCAGAAUCCCAGGGAACAGCGCUGGUGGGGAGCCACCUGGGUGCCUGUGCAGGGAACCGCUGCCCGUGGUGAGGUGGGCAUGGGAGACCGAGCCUGGCUGACCAGAGCCCCCAUUUUCUUCCAGACUGAGGGCGAAGGCAGUGGGGCCUCCCCGCCGGCCCCAAGGAGGAUGCAGUUCUUCGGCCGCCUGGUCGAUACCCUCAGCAGCGUCACCAACUUGUUCUCCAACCCGUUCCGGGUGAAGGAGGUGGCCGUGGCGGACUACGUCUCGAGCGGCCGGGCCCGGGAGGAAGGGCAGCUGAUUCUGUUCCAGAACACUCCCAACCGCACCUGGGACUGCAUCCUGGUCAACCCCAGGAACCCCCAGAGUGGAUUCCGACUCUUCCAGCUGGAGACAGAGGCUGAUGCCCUGGUGAACUUCCAGCAGUAUUCUUCCCAGUUGCCGCCCUUCUACGAGAGCUCCAGCCACAUCCUGCACACUGAGGUCCUGCAGCAGCUGACUGACCUCAUCCGCAGCCACCCCAGCUGGUCGGUGGCACACUUGGCAGUGGAGCUGGGGAUCCGAGAGUGCUUCCACCACAGCCGCAUCAUCAGCUGCGCCAACAGCACAGAAAAUGAGGAGGGAUGCACUCCCCUGCACCUGGCCUGCCGCAAGGGCGACGGGGAAAUCCUGAUGGAGCUGGUGCAGUACUGCCACGCCCAGAUGGAUGUCACCGACAGCAACGGAGAGACUGCCUUCCAUUAUGCUGUCCAGAGUGACAACUCCCAGGUGUUGCAGCUCCUAGGGAAGAACGCGUCUGCUGGUCUGAACCAGCUGAAUAACCAAGGGCUGACCCCGCUGCACCUGGCCUGCCAGUUGGGGAAGCAGGAGAUGGUCCGCGUGCUGCUUCUGUGCAACGCUCGAUGCAACAUCAUGGGGCCCAGCGGCUAUCCCAUCCACACGGCCAUGAAGUUCUCCCAGAAGGGGUGUGCAGAAAUGAUUAUCAGCAUGGACAGCAACCAGAUUCACAGCAAAGACCCUCGCUAUGGAGCCAGCCCCCUCCACUGGGCCAAGAACGCAGAGAUGGCCCGCCUGCUGCUGAAGCGGGGCUGCGACGUGAACAGCACCAGCUCGGCGGGGAACACAGCCCUGCACGUGGCCGUCAUGCGCAACCGCUUCGACUGUGUCAUGGUGCUGCUGACCCACGGGGCCAAUGCCGACGCCCGCGGCGAGCACGGCAACACCCCGCUGCACUUGGCCAUGUCGAAAGACAACGUGGAGAUGGUCAAGGCCCUCAUUGUGUUUGGGGCAGAGGUGGACACCCCGAAUGACUCUGGGGAAACUCCUGCAUUCGUAGCCUCUAAGAUCAGCAGACUUGUCACCAGGAAGGCGCUCUUAACUCUGCUGAGAACCGUAGGGGCCGACUACCGCUCCCCACUCCUCCAAGGGGUCUCCGCGGAGCAGUGCUCCGCGACAACGCAGCAUUCCUUCUUCUCCUUGGAAAGAUCUCAGCCCCCACCGAUCAGCUUAAACAACCUAGAACUGCAGGACCUCGUGCACAUCUCCCGGGCCCGGAAGCCAGCCUUCAUCCUGAGCUCCAUGAGGGAUGAGAAGCGGACCCAUGACCACCUGCUCUGCCUGGACGGAGGGGGCGUGAAAGGCCUGGUGAUCAUCCAGCUCCUCAUCGCCAUCGAGAAGGCCUCGGGCAUUGCCACCAAGGACCUCUUUGACUGGGUGGCAGGGACCAGCACGGGGGGCAUCCUGGCCCUGGCCAUUCUGCACAGUGAGGGCAGCCCCUGGGCCUGGGGGCCAGGAUCAGUGGGCCUGAGACCUGCCCUUGAAUUGGGCUGGGUUUAUUUUCAGGGCAUUGCAGAGAGGGUCAUAGGGGAGGGGAGGGCUCGUAAGCCCUUCGUGGGGCAGCCGAGGGUGCUGGAGUCUGAGGGCGGAAGGAGCAGGGCUGGGGGGCAGGGGGUGGCUAGUGAUGGGCUGGAGGCUAGUUCAGCCUCUCAUGCGGGCAGAAGCUCCCCUCUCCACAGCCUCCGCACGCACACCUCUGGCCUGGGUGAGGCGCCUUUGACCCCCAUCUGUUCUGGGAGGCUCACAGGACAGGGCUGUUCCUUCUAUUCUGUGACCAACAGGGUGGAUCUAGAUUUACAAGCUUUUACACUUUCAGGGCCCUUCUUCAAGGAAAAUAAUACAAAAUUACGAAUACCAAAUGAAAUAUCAAACCUAGGCGCUGCUGAAGGGGGUCCCUGCCUGUGUGGGAAGUUGCACAGGAGGGUCCCAGGCGCCCCAGCUUGGUCCGUGCCUUGUAAAUCCGUCCCUCUGGUUCCCGCAGCCGGCCUGUGCGCAGCCGUCUGCGGGGGGCGGCCCUCGUGUCUCUCCCCACCUCCGACCCCCUUGUUCCUAGGCAAGUCCAUGGCCUACAUGCGUGGUGUGUACUUUCGCAUGAAGGAUGAGGUGUUCCGGGGCUCGCGGCCCUACGAGUCGGGGCCCCUGGAGGAGUUCCUGAAGCGGGAGUUUGGAGAGCACACCAAGAUGACGGACGUCAAGAAACCCAAGGUGAUGCUGACAGGGACACUCUCUGACCGGCAGCCGGCUGAACUCCACCUCUUCCGGAAUUACGAGGCUCCAGAGUGUGUACGGGAGCCUCGUUUCAACCAGAAUGUUAACCUAAAGCCUCCAACUCAUCCCUCAGAGCAGCUGGUGUGGCGGGCAGCCCGGAGCAGUGGGGCAGCCCCCACCUACUUCCGGCCCAACGGGCGCUUCCUGGAUGGCGGGCUGCUGGCCAACAACCCCACACUGGACGCCAUGACCGAGAUCCACGAGUACAACCAGGACAUGAUCCGCAAGGGUCAGGGCAACAAGGUGAAGAAACUCUCCAUUGUCGUCUCCCUGGGGACAGGGAGGUCCCCACAGGUGCCUGUGACCUGUGUGGACGUCUUCCGUCCCAGCAACCCCUGGGAACUGGCCAAGACUGUUUUUGGGGCCAAGGAACUGGGCAAGAUGGUGGUGGACUGUUGCACGGAUCCGGAUGGGCGGGCCGUGGACCGGGCCCGAGCCUGGUGCGAGAUGGUCGGCAUCCAGUACUUCAGAUUGAACCCCCAACUGGGGACGGACAUCAUGCUGGACGAGGUCAACGACACGGUGCUGGUCGACGCCCUCUGGGAGACUGAGGUCUACAUCUACGAGCACCGGGAGCAGUUCCAGAAACUCAUCCAGCUGCUGCUCUCGCCGUGAGGCCGCCAGGCCCGCAGCCGCCCCUGCCCUCCCCACCCAGCCCCUGCGGGGGAGGCCGGGCGGGGCCCGACCACCACACCCCUGGGCCUAGCUGGGCCCAGGCAGCCCUAGGCCCAGGGCAUGGCGGGCCUCCUGCCUGAGGCUGGUCCUGAAGGCCUCUCUUCCCUCUGUCCCCUCCUCUGGCCCUCCGUGUCAUUCCAG